UAAUGAAUUAACAGCGUCGACUUUCUCCUGCUCCAUCAAGUCCUAUUCAACGUAAUGCAAUAAUAUCAUGUAUUAUAUAUCAUAUAAAUUAGAACAUUCUAAUCGAUUUCAAUUCCUAUAAGUAACUCCAUCAACUCAUCCUAUUCAAUAUGUCUAAAUGUAGAAUUGUAAGAAUCAAACUUAUAAAAUUAGAUAAUGAAGCUAGAUAAAUCUCUAGAGAGAGAGACAACAAUCAAAUCCCUUUUUAGUAAUAGUAAGUAUGCCCAAAAGGAUUUUAGAGUCUGAGAAUAAUGAGUUAACCUGAUGGUAAUUCAAGUAAGUCACCAGUUGUUCCAGUUAUGUAAUCCUAACCCAAUAUCAGACCUAAUACAAACUAAAAUUCUUUAUAAAUUUAUAUAGAUAAUGCUUUGAAAACUUAAAGAGAAGAAAUGCUAAAAUUAUUAGAAUAAUAAAAUAAAUAAAUAGAUUAUAUGAAUUAAUAAUAAUUAUUAAUAAUAUAAUAAUAAUAACAACAAUAAGAAAAGAAGAAAGAAUCAAUUAAUAUUGAGUCCUAAUUAAAUUAAGUUAAAGAAUAAUUACAUAUUUAAAUUACUUAAGCUUGUAGAGAAAUGAUUCAUAAAUUAUAAAAGCAAGAAUAAACUGACUUUAAGGCUUUACAAGUCUAAAUAGAGAAAUUAAAAUCUCAACUUUAUUAAAUUAAUUUAUCAACUAGCAAAUAGUCUGAUAAAUUAUAAUAAUCAUAUAAAGGGAAAGAAAAUGAAACAGAAGAAUAUUAAUAUAAAAAACAUAUACCUUAAAGAAAUUCAUUAGAUAAUUAUGAUUAAUAUAUUAAGAAAUAUGAAUAAUUCAAUAAAUAAGUAAAUGAUUACUUGAUUAAUCGAAAAAUACCUGAUCAUCUAAGCUCAAUAUUAAAUACUAGUAAAGAUUCAAAUAGUGAAAUACAUGAUAUUGAAUACAUAUAAUCAGAUCAUCCUCUUACUGAUAUUACAAAUAUACAAAAUACCAAAUAAAAUAAAUAAUAUUAAUCUUAACCAUUAUAAUAAAUUGCUUAACCAUCAAUCACUUAAUAAUUUAUGACUUAAAAAACUACAAUUUAAUCAAAUAAUUAAAUUAAUGAAGAUUCACCUAUAAAAGCAUUGAAUGAAUAAAUGAUGAUUGAUAGUUUAGAUAAUAUUAAUGUACAUGAUCCAAAUAAUUUAUAAAUUACUAAAGAAGAAUUUGAUCAAUUAAAAUGUACAAUAUUAACAUAAAUUAUAGCUUAAAGAAUGUCAACUAUACAUGAAAAUGAAGAUGAAGAUGAAGAAUUAAUGUAUUAAGUAGAUGAAAAUGGAUUUAUUCUUAGUUAAGAUGGACAUCCUUUAAUUGAUGAAACAGGAAAACGAAUCUAAUUAACAAAAUAAGAACUUCAAUUUUAUAAAAGUAAACUUCAUAGUUGA